AAAUAAAGAUAAAAUGUGCAAAAGUCACUGACGACGGAAACAACCCCCGAAGAUUUGCCCCGAGACUCUCGAGAUGGAGGAGAAACGACGCGAUGCUGGAACCCUAGCUUCGGCCGGGAGCUCCGGAGAUUCUCCGGCAUCCGAGCCGACGCCUCGUCGCCGCGUGAAACGAAAAGCCAACGCCCUCGGGACCUCCUCCAAUUCCUCAUCCACAUCCUCGAAGCGGAUGCUGACGCGCGAGAAGGCGAUGCUCGCGUCUUUCUCCUCCCCGGUCCACAACGGACCUCUGACCAGAGCUCGACAGGCGCCCAGCAACAUGCCGUCCGCGGCCGAGGCGAAGUCGGAGCUGGUGAAUCCCGCCGCCGACGGCGGGGAGAAGCCGAAGGAGGAGGAGGAGAGGAACAAAGCGAUCCGUGAGUGGGAGGCGCUUGAGGCUAAGAUCGAAUCCGAUUUCGAGGCGGUUAGAUCUCGCGGAAGUAAUGUUCAUGUGGUGCCUAAUCACUGCGGUUGGUUCUCAUGGGAAACGAUUCACCCGGUUGAAGAGCGUUCGUUGCCUUCUUUCUUUAACGGCAAGUUGGAGAGUCGAAGUCCCGAGGUUUACAGGGAGAUACGGGAUUGGAUCAUGAGGAAGUUUCAUUCCGAUCCAAACGCGCAGAUAGAAGCAAAAGACUUAACAGAAGUCGAGGUUGGAGACUCGGAAGCUAAGCAGGAGGUGAUGGAGUUCUUGGACUACUGGGGCUUAAUCAAUUUUCACCCUUUCCCAGAUGCUAGUGAUGCUUCAGGGGUGGAUGAUGAUAAGGAGUCUUUGCUUAACAGUUUAUACCGAUUCCAAGUAGAUGAGGCGACGGCUCGCCCUGCUUUUGUUUCAAAGCCUCCUCGUCUCACAGCACAAGCUACACCGUCAGGGCUGUUCCCAGAUCCCAUGGCUGCUGCUGCUGCUGAUGACUCGCUGAAGCAAGAAGGUCCAGCGGUGGAAUAUCACUGCAACUCUUGUUCUGCUGAUUGUUCUCUCAAGCGCUACCACUGCCCGAAACAGGCAGAUUUUGACUUAUGCACGGAAUGCUUUGACAGUGGCAAGUUCAGUUCAGACAUGUCAUCUUCCGACUUUAUACUAUUGGAGCCGGCUAAGGAUCCUGGCGUUGGUAGUGGGAAGUGGACUGAUCAAGAGACUCUUCUUCUCCUUGAAGGUAUAGAGAUCUUUAAGGAAAACUGGAGUGAGAUUGCGGAGCAUGUUGCUACAAAAACAAAAGCUCAGUGUAUGCUUCAUUUUCUUCAAAUGCCAAUCGAGGAUGCAUUUCUUGAUCAAACUGACCAAAAAGAUCCAAGUGCAAAAGACACUACGGAUGUAGCUGUGUCUAAAGAUGAGAAAUCUGUUCUAAAAGAUGCACCUGAAGAGAAAGAGAAAGAGAAUGCGAAUCCUGUUGUUGAAGUUGAAACUGUGAAGGAAGCUCCGGAGAAAGAAGAUGUCAACGAAGGAAAGGUAGUUCCUCAGGAGUCUUCAAAGCCUGGAGAUGCGAGUGAAGAAACUAAUGAAGUGGAACCCGACAAGAAAACGCCCGAGGUAGAAACCGUCGUUGAUGAAAGAUGUAAAGAUGAGGCUGAUGAGAACAUUGCUCUGAAAGCUCUGACUGAAGCUUUUGAAGACGUUGGUUAUCCCAUCACACCCGAAGCCCCCUUAUCCUUUGCUGAUUUGGGAAAUCCUGUCAUGGGCCUGGCAGCUUUUCUGGUAAGAUUGGCGGGAUCUGACGUUGCUACGGCUUCAGCCCGAGCUUCCGUCAAAUCUCUUAACAGCAAUUCUGGGUUGUUGCUUGCCACAAGACAUUGUUUUGUUCUCGAGGAUCCACCAGAAAACAACAAGGACUUAACUGAAUCAAAAAGUGUGGAUGCAGUGGGGAACGAUAAUAAUGCCCAUACAGAUGAGCAGCAAAAAGAAAAAAGCCAGAAAGCAGAAGAUGUCUCCUCGAAUUCAGAUACUGAUCCAGGCAAAGCAAGUCAGGACUCAGUCUCUGAAGAAAAGCAACCGGGUUCUGAAGGACAAAAAGUAUCUAGUAAUGCAGCCGCAACUAAAAAUGCUGUGAAACCACCGGAUAUUAUUAGUACAUUGCAGGACAAAGGUUCAGGGAAGAAGCUCAAAAAACCUUUAAAGGAUGGGGAUAAGCUUUCUAGCAAAAAUAAAGCUGCCUCUCAAGCAACUGUCUCCAAGGCAGCUGCAGAUGUUUCUCAGCCAGAAGCAUCAAAAGAUGUGGAGAUGAAGGAAGCAUCACAGUCCGAGAAGGAUCCUCAAGAUAUGGUCAAAACUGCAGGAGAGGAGGCUGAGCAGGCUAAGGAGGGUGCAAAGGAUGUUCGUAGUAUGCCAGACACGUCUGUUGCAGAGAAGGCCAUUGGAUCAGCUUCUGUACCGGAAAAUGGAACAGCUGGUGAAAAUCCUAAUAAAGAGGGAAGUAAAGAGAAGGAUGUUUGUAAAGGGACAAAAGACGAACAUAACACUGAUAAGCUUAAGCGUGCAGCUAUCUCUGCUCUCUCAGCUGCAGCAGUAAAGGCAAAGCAUCUUGCGAAGCUUGAAGAAGAUCAAAUCCGACAACUUUCUGGAUCAUUGAUAGAGAAGCAGUUACAUAAACUAGAAGCAAAGCUAUCUAUCUUCAACGACGCUGAAAGCGUGACAGCGAGGGUAAGAGAGCAAUUAGAAAGGUCAAGGCAACGGCUAUACCAUGAAAGAGCACAGAUCAUAGCGGCUCGUCUCGGUGCCCCACCUUCAGUAUCCUCAAAAGCAUCAUUACCAGCAAACAGAAUUGCUGCAAAUUUUGCUAAUGUGGCUCAGAGACCUCCCAUCGGCAUGACCUUUCCACGCCCACCAAUGCCAAGACCUCCAGGACCAGGUACAUGAACUUUAUCAUUCCCUGUUCCUGAAGUUCAGAUCCAGCUCCAGGUUCAGACAGUUGUUUCUUCGGUUUAGUGGUUCCACAUGAUAGUGUUCAGAUUCGCGGGGUAGCUCCUUAUGUUAUAUUUGUAAGACCAGGUACAUUGUCCCACCUAUUUCGGCUUCAACCUAUGAGCUUGGUUUAUUUUUCUGGAGAUUUGAUUUAUCGGACUUACGUAGGAGACGAAGUUAGUUAAGGGUUGUAGACCCAUCAGUUAAUGUUUAAUGUAAGCGACAAAUGGAACAUGUGGAGAUAUGUGAAUGUGUUUUAUUUAUGGUUC